UGGUUUGCAUCAGACCCGCGAAAUGUGCGUCUUGCAUUAGCUAGUGAUGGUUUUAAUCCUUUUGGUAUGAUGAGUACAAAUUAUAGUAUUUGGCCAGUUAUUCUCAUUCCAUACAACACUCCUCCAUGGGUGUGCAUGAAACAUACAUCUUUUAUAAUGUCAAUGAUAAUUCCCGGUAAAAAAAUGCCAGGAAAUGAUAUUGAUGUCUAUUUACAACCUCUAGUAAAAGAAUUAAAGGAGUUAUGGACAACAGGUGUCGAUACAUACGAUUCUUUUAAAAAAGAGAUGUUCACAUUACAUGCAACUUUGAUGUGGACAAUUAGUGAUUUUUCGGGGCUGGGUACACUUUCUGGGUGGAUCACUUACACUGGACUUGUUUGCCCAUCGUGUAACAUUGACUCUACUCCUCAUCGUCUUCCUCAUAGCAAAAAAAGGUGUUUUAUGGGUCAUCGUCGUUUUCUUGAUCAAAGGCACAGAUUUAGAUUGAACAAGGUUCGCUUUGAUGGUCAACAAGAUAUGCGUAGUCCACCUAAAAUGUUAUCUGGGCAUCAAAUUCUUGAACAGGUUCAAAAUAUUGAUGUCACAUUUGGUAGAAAGCCAGAUAAAGAAAGGUCGGGAAAAAGAAUACGUGGUGGACGACCUACACAAGGUGUCAAUCAACAAUGGAAAAAGAAAAGCAUAUUCUUUGAACUUCCAUAUUGGAAGGAUAAUCUUCUGCGCCACAAUCUUGACAUGAUGCAUAUUGAGAAAAAUGUGUGCGAUAAUAUCAUAUUUACUUUGCUAAAUGAUAGCACAAAAAGUAAAGAUCAUUUUAAUGCAAGAAAAGACCUUAAAGCUAUGGGCAUAAGACCUGACCUUUGGCCCAAUGAAAAUGGAAGAAUUUCUCCAGCCGUCUUUACUCUAACUACCUAAGGUAAGAAUAGAUUUUUAACAACUUUAAUGAAUAUCAUUGUGCCUGAUGGUUAUUCAAGCAACAUUUCUAGAUGCAUUGACAUGGAAAAUCUUAAGUUGAAUGGAAUGUUGAAGAGUCGUGAUUGUCACAUAUUGAUGGAACAACUUCUACCGUUAGCCAUUCGAGCAACCUUACCUGAUGUUGUGGUAGAAGAUGUGGUAGAAGAUGAGCCAGAAACAACACAGUUCCAAGAGACAUCCUCUCACUCUGAAGAUGUGGUAGAAGAUGAGCUAGAAAUUUCUCAAAAAAGGAAUUUUACAUUUUGGGAUGUAGAAGUCAUUAAUGAGGCGGGACAUAUUUCAAAGACACACUUAAGGGUAUCAGACGUGCUUGAAGCUCCUCCUAAUGUUAGCAGAAUAAUAACUAGAUGGAAUUCAAAUGGGCAACCGGUAGGACCAGCUGCUGGUUUGUUAGGCGGUUUUUUGGGUGAAGUUGCAAGGAAGUUUAAGGAUUUUCCUAUAAUUCAAAAUUUGUUGUCGAUGAUAAAGACAACAAAAAAUAUAUCCUUUCAAGCCUUGGAAAGAAAUGGCGAGAUGCACGAUGUAGGUUGUUUAAGAAAUUUUAUAAGUGGGAUAUUUCUUUGGAAGAAAAUUUACAAAAUUAUCCACGUUCUAUUAAUCAAGACCAUUGGACUAUUUUUGUCCAAUACAGGCGUAAGACAGAUACAAUGGAGAAGGCUGAUAAAAAUGCUGCAAAUAGAGAAAAGCUAACGAUCCUUCAUACAUUAGGCUCUAAGACGCUUGCAAGGAAGAGGGAUGAGUUGGAACUGAGAGAUGGUCGAAAAUACAGUAGGGGUGAAAUGUAUUCAAUUUGUCAUAAAAAGUCUGAUGGAUCAUUUGUCAACGACGAAGCCAAGGUAAAAUAUGAACAAUUGCAAGCUGAAAUUGGGAAGACUCCUUCUCCAAAUGAAGCAUUUGUUAAUGUGUUUGGAAAAGAACAUCCUGGAUAUGUUCGUUGUAUGGGACUUGGAAUAACACCAUCACAAAUUACUACAUCUACUUCUCACUCUGUAAGAUCGAUGUCUUCCUCUGAAGCUAAUGAAAAGAUGGAGAAAAUGCAAGCUGAAAUUGAUAGGCUUAAGAAAAGGGAUUCUGAAGUUGAUAUGUUGAAGGAGCAAAUUGCUUUCUUGAUGCAAAUGCAAAAUUCUAGAGACAAACAGGCAAUGGACAUAGAAUCGCCAAUAGAUGGUAGACGUUCAUCUGAGUCCAGCCACCAACCUGAUGAUCGUGGAACAACUUCAUUAGGGACUAAUUAGAUAUUUGGAUGAACUUCUAAGUUUGAUGGAGUUGUUUUGUAUUGUUAGCUACUC